UCCUAUUUUGCAUUAUAUAAUGGACUUAUGAAUACUAUUCGUUAUAUUCAUAUAUUUCAUGUCUGAACGCCUUUUCCUGCUGAUCGACUACACACUACUGGAAAAAGAAAUAGAUCUUCCUUAUUCGUGUUCAUUAAUACAGUUGUUUACUUAAAGAACUGGGGAUAUGUUUAUUUUGUGUCUGGCUUUGCUGAUCUCUGAAAUUCAGGGAUAUGAAAACAUGGCAUUUAAAAGACCAGCAGAACAAAAUUCAACUUACUACACAACUAACAUGAAUACAAGUGCUACCGAAGCAGUUGAUGGGAACACAGACCAAAGAUUUAAGGGAAACAGCUGUGCACGAACGAAUGCGGCAAGUGUUGUAUGGUGGAGAGUUGAUCUACUGAGUAUCAGAAGUAUUUACAGCAUUAAAGUGUUCUAUCGAAAUGACAGUGAUGAUUACGUUGAAUUACGACAGAAAAACCAUGCAGGAUUUUCGCUGUAUAUUUCAAACACCACUGACCAUAAAGAGGGAUUCCUUUGUUAUAAAAAUAACGAUACAUUACCCCCACUUCUCUCUGAACAUCAGUGUAUCCAACAUGGCCGUUACGUUACAUAUUACAACGAGAGGGGAACUGACGUUAUUGUUCCUCCAGGAUCAAGACAAAGUACUAUAAUAGCUGAUCUCUGUGAAGUGCAGGUGUUUGGCUGUAUUAACAACGGUGUAUAUGGGAAAGAAUGCAACAUUCCUUGUCCAGUCAACUGUCAGGAAAGAAAUUGUCACAUACUAACUGGAAAUUGUCUAGGAUGUAUUGAUGGAUGGCAAGGACCACAAUGUAGCCAAGAAUGUCGUCAAGGAUAUUAUGGUAAAAGUUGCUCUGUCCCUUGCAGUAAGCUUUGUAAGACGAACAAUUGUGAUCACGUGACUGGAGAAUGUAACUGUCAGCCUGGGUGGGCAGGAACAAAUUGUUCUUUGAACGUAACUGGUAACCCAAACUAUACUGAUACAAACAACGCAAUUGAGUUUGAAAAGCUCCCCACUACUAAUGGUCAGAUCGGAGGAAUCAUUGGUGUCUGUGUGGUAGUGGUUGUCGUCAUCCUUAUCCUCACCAUCUUCAUCAUACGAAAGAAAUUGCUCGCCACAAAGGAUGGUGUUCAUGUAAGUCCUGCGGGAGUCUUAUUUUCUGCCCUACGAUCCAAACCAUUGGAUGAUGAUGAUGAAAUGACAGAGCCUGAAACAUUUGUCUAUAACAAUGCUGGGGCAAAUGAUGAAAGCGAGGAAGGACAUACGAAAUUCUACGAAAAUCUACCUGUCUCUGACAUUUUCAAAAGAAUACAGAUGAUGUCAGAGGAUGAAAAUCUGGCAUUCAAAAAGGAGUAUAUGAAUUUGCCUAAAGGAGAACUUUUUCCUUGCAACGAAGCUAAAAAGCAAGAAAAUAUACCAAGAAACCGUUAUAAAACUACCUUUCCAUAUGAUCACUCUCGAGUCGUUCUCCAGUACAGUUCACCGAAAGAGUCAAAUUACAUCAAUGCCAGCUACCUAGAGAAUGUUGACGGAGAAAAGAUUUACAUAGCAACACAAGGUCCUAAGCCUACAACUGUUCCUGAUUUCUGGAGAAUGGUUUGGCAGGAAAACACAGCAAAGAUUGUUAACCUCACUAACCUAAUUGAAGGUCAUAAAAUUAAAUGCGACAAAUAUUGGCCAGACAGAGGUCAUCCUCUCAAAAAGGGAGAAUUUAAGAUCCAAAAUCUUGAGGAAAAAAUAUACGCAAAUUACGUUAUAAGAAAAUUGAAAGUGACUUCAAAAUUGAACAACGAAAUACGAGUAUUGUACAUGUUCCACUACACUCAGUGGCCUGAUCAUGAUGUUCCGGAAGCUCUGAACUUGAUGCUUUUUCAUCGUCACGUGAUGCGGACGUCACAAUCGCAGACUAAGGCUCCAAUCAUAGUUCACUGCAGUGCCGGGAUAGGAAGAACUGGAACUUUUAUUGCACUUGAUGCCCUGUAUCGUCAUGGCAUGAAGUCUGGCAAGGUCAAUAUUCCAGAAUACGUCAAAACAAUGAGAAAAGACAGAAUGGGUAUGAUUCAAAGCCAUGAACAAUACAAAACAGUAUAUGAAGCCUUACACGAAGCUUUCAGAGCGAAGGGCAACUUAGUUUAUGGUGAUACAUUUGCGGAAAAAUUUUGCGACAUGAAAAAUGACGCAGCGAAAUCUACGGCUCAACUUAUAACAGAAUUCAAGUUAUUGAAGGCCAUAAAGCCCGUAUACAAGGACAUCGAUUACAGGACAGCUAAAGAGAAUUUGGACAAGAAUUUCACACAGGAUGCUUUGCCAGUGGACAAAUAUCUUUUUCACCUUUCCUACAUCAAAGGACAAAGCAGUUACUAUAACGCUGUUUUACUACAGUCAUACACCAAACCAGAUGGCCUAAUGAGCGCGCAGUUUCCCGUUGAUGGUUCAGCUGAAUCCCUUUUCAGACUACUGAAAGAUUUUGAGGCAUCAAUUCUUGUAGCACUGUCUCCGCUUACGGAUAUUGAUUCUGUUUAUACAAACCCAUUCUUACCACAAGCACAAUCGUCAACAAACGUCGGAUCCUUCACAAUAACACAAAAAUCUUCAUCAAAAUCAAAUGGAAUUUCAAAAUUCAAUUUGGAGGUUAAGAAGAAGGGUUCUAAAGAUAUGCAUUUUGAGGUUUUUGAGUGUUUAACCUGGCAAGCUACAGAAUGGACGUCGGAUCCACGAAAUAUGCUUGAUUUAGUAAAGGAAGUAAAAAUGUCUCAGUAUGCUCUACCCAAUACUUCCAUUGUUGUUUUAUCAAGUGAUGGGGCAACGAGAACUGGGGUUUUCUGUACCGUGUUCAAUGCAAUAGAGGAGCUUACUUAUGAUAGAGAGGUCGAUAUCUUCACCAUAGCUCGACAGCUUCAGAUUCGCCGACCAGAAUUUCUCCCUGACUUUAUGGAAUAUAAAUUCUGUUACGAAGUAAUUCAUGAGUACCUCAAGAACGACAUGGUUUAUUCCAACUGCUAAGGAAGAAAAUUCCAUUUUAAAUACAUUUCUCUUUCAUUAUUGUAUACUCAUGGUUUUUACUGCACUACUUUGAAAAGAGAGACAGACUGCAGACAUUUGAAUAUAAUCAAGAGAAAUUUGUUCUCCAUCCACAUGAUUAUCCUAACUCUGUAAAUUGCAU